GGUGAGGAGUGGGACCUUUGUCGUGCACCAACACCACGAUGGAUGACUAUCCGAUGUAUGGGUUACUUGUUGGGUUCUCCCUCUGGGGGACCCUUUGGCGUCUCCUCUUUCCUCUGGGCUUUUGGCCCGCUUUCAAGUGUAGAGUAGGGCCCACUCGUGGUGGGACUUCCACCAACCCCUACACGAAGGAGGAGGAGGAGAAGAUGGCCGCCAUUCUGCAGGAGAAGAAGGAGAAGAAGGAGGCCAAGAAGAAGGCCUUGGAGGAGCAGGCGGCCAAACUGAAGAAGAUAGAGGAAGAGGUGGUCAAAGAGAAGGAGAGGAUACAGAAAGAAGAAGAAGAGAAGUUGAAAGAGGUGGAAGAGGAGGAAGAAGAUGAAAYGCCAUUGCAGAGGAAGAGGGUGCAGUAUAGUGGUAGUAGGGAUGAAGAGAUGGAGAAGCGAAUCUCCGAGUGGGUCGCCAACUUAUCCCUGGGCGAAGAAGAAGAGGUGGCGAUGUAUAUCUCUAAAGAUGAUCAGGAAGCCGCUAUGAGAGCUUGGGAAGCAGAAAAGGAUGUUGUGAAGCRGCAGGCAUUGGAAGACGAAAAGAGGAUGGAGUGGAAGUUGGCAGUGAUGAGGGAGAAGAAGAGGAGAGUGGACGCGGCAGCGGAGGCGGCAGAAGAAUUAGAGGAAGCGGAGCAGUAUGAUUUUAGUAGGAGUCAACACAUAGCUGUGCGUUCCAUAAAGUUGGGGUCUCGGGACUUUGCGCGUGAGCUGGUAGGCGCUAUAGGGACCGAGGUGGGUCACCGCCUUGACAAGACUGAGCGGUUCUGUGUCGGCGCCAUUGAGGGCGUCAAAGCGGCAGCUCCCAAGCAGGAGGAGGCACGUCCUCCUCGUCGGGAACCGAUCAAAGUCAAAUUCCCUGAUUCCUACAGUGGAAAAAGGGAAGAGAACUUCGACAAUUGGGAGGCCAAUGUCAAGACCUAUGUGCAUCUGCAACAGGUCUCCCCGGAUCAGCAGGUUCUGAUUGCGAUUCAUGCGCUCAGAGAUGAUGCCGCCAGCUUUGCAAGGUCCCUAGUUCGCGCUGCCAAUUGCAGCGAUGACCCCGUUGUGUACUCCUCAUUCACUUCCCUCACUGAGUUCUUGAAGCUGUUGCGCGAGAGGUUCAUCGAUGUCACCCGUAGCGUUAAGGCCUCAGACAGGCUGCAGACGAUCCACGCUCGUAAGUGGAAGAGCGCCAGGGCACUUAAGAGUACCAUGGACGAACUGGUAGCUGUCCCUGACCACGGAGUUACAGACACCCAGUUGGUUGGCCUCUUUUAUCGGGCUAUACCCGAAGCCCUCUGAGGGCAUUUCUUCGCAAAGAGCGAAGACCCUGCCACUACAUACGAUUCCCUUAGUCGCGAAGUAGUGGCUUUUGAAGCCACGUCUGCGUCUGUGUCCACUUUCUGGCACAAGGACUUGGACAAGGGUAAGCAAUGGAAGGGCCGCACUAUCUCAGGGCAAGUAAAGACCAAGGACAGCC